AUGGACGCGAAUGCUCAACAGAAUAGGUUUCGUGGAAAUCUGGCACUCGAUCCCAAUCGUUCGACAUUGUCUGCUUCUCCACUCCGCUCAUCUCCGAGGAAACCUCGUAAAGGGAAAGAAACUGCCGCUGGAGAAGUACAUCCAUUAGCCCAGAAUACGACGGCAGACGUAUUUCUCGAGACAGAUGCAGAGGAGGAGGAAGCGUAUGACAAUCGUGCUGGCUGGACCAUUGUCGACCGAAUGCGUCUCUGGAGACAUGAUGCGAUCUGGCAACAUCUGUAUGAAACAGCGGCAUUCUGGGGUGACAAAGUAUUGAGCUGGACGAAUGAUAAAAAUGAUGCAUUUUGGCUUGCUCAAAUAUAUUUUUCGAUGCACCAAUAUUCACGAGCUGAACGACUGCUACUCCGGCCGUUCACCGAAAAUGACGGCGAUGCUCCAAUGGCAAAUGGGCAUUCAUACCCUGACAUGCUUAACUCUAUGAAUAUCCUUGACAGAGGGAUGAGCCUUGAUAAGAAAGGAAAAGGAAAGGACAUUGGUGGACCUCCUCUCCCACGUCGACCUCAGCCACCAGAACUCGUGAUUCCUGGUAUUGAUAUCGUGCCUCCGUUCCGUCAUCCAUCUGGAAUUGGAGCACCUGAUUUAGCCUCAGAAAGGACUGACGGUGCAUACACCCUUGUGGACUUGAGUGUUGCUUGUAGAUAUCUUGCUGCACAAUGCCAGAUUCGUCAAGGUAAAUGGGCCGAAGCGACCGAGAUGCUCGGUGAGGCGAAUCCUUUUCGAGGAACGGACGGGGUUGGCCCUCAAAUUGCUAAUACUGAUGGUGGUAUGAAGAUCGAAGCAUCGAUGUGUUGUCUACGUGGUAUGCUCAAGCUGAAGCUUAAUCGUGGAGAAUCCGCAAAAGAAUGCUUCAUGGAGGCUCUGGCUCUCGACGUGAAGUGUUAUGAAGCAUUUGACCAACUCAUAAGCGGAGAGAUGAUGACCGCGGAUGAAGAAUGGGAAUUUGUCCAUGGUUUGGCGUACAAGCAGCAAAUACCGGAAGAUGCUGAGUUCAUACGCCUCAUAUACACCUCACGACUGCGGAAGUACAAACACGCCGAAGAACAUUCUUUGACACGACAAAAACUGGUAGAAGAGUACGGCCUCCAAGAUAAUGUCGAUGUCCUGUAUAGCUUCGCCGACGCUGCAUACGCACAGUUUAAAUGGGCUGACUGCUUCACCAUUACACAACGUAUCCUCUCAUUGGUGAAUGUACACGAACAUACUAUGCCACUGCAUAUCGCGUGCAUGCAUCAUCUUCCGCAUUUACAUUCUAAACUCUUCAUUCUCGCACAUGAGCUAGUAGAAAAGGAGCCUGAAGCGGCUAUGAGUUGGUACGCAGUUGGCGUUUGGUACCUUACGUCAAAGAAAUGGGCCGAGGCGCGAACGUAUUUCAGUAAGACAUCGUUGAUGGACCCACGAUUCGCCCCUGCAUGGAUAGCAUUUGGACAUACCUUCGCGUUCGAGGGAGAACAUGAUCAUGCCGUGACUGCAUAUUCGACAUGUGCUCGCCUUUUUACUGGGUCUCAUCUUCCUCUUAUGUUUGUCGGGAUGGAACAUAUCAUGCUAUCUAACUAUGACAUGGCGGACGAAGCCCUGAAUGCAGCGGAUAAAAUGUGCAAUGGAGAUCCAUUGUUAUACAACGAACGAGGUGUGAUGGCCUUCAAUCGCGGCAAUUAUGAAACAGCCGUCUCGCUCUUCCAAAGAGCACUUGAGAUCUCUGAUGUUUCACAGGGUUCUCACAGUACAUGGGAGACGACAUACGUGAACCUCGGGUCAGCAUAUUGCAAGCUUGGACGAUACCAAGAAGCAUGCGAGUCGUAUCGGAAAGUGCUUGAAACUGAUCCAAGGCAUGCUGUCGCACUCGCGUUUGUGGGUAAGACCUAUAUGCUUAUGGGAAGACUGGACGAUGCUGUUCAAAAGUUCCAUGAAUCAUUAAGCGUCGACCCUGUCAAUGGACACGUUGUCGAACUCCUCAACCUCGCUUUGGAUGCAAGCCUGGAAAGCGGGCCUGAGCCAUAUGAAAUGAUUCUCUUACUGAGCGUAGGAGAGUACGCAAAGUCGACGGAGAUGAUAAAACAUAUCAAGAAGGUAAAGGUGAAAAAUCCGAAUCCUUCGUGGAAAGAUCCAGAUCCGCCAGAGGAUCAGGACGGAAUGAAUAUUGGGUAAUAUGUAUGGUAUUCACAUGUACACGUAAGUAAGAGAUGGAGAGGUUUCCGUGUCACGCGUAGGUUCUGGGAAUUCUUGAGAGUUGAGGUGUACGAUUUU